AUGGAUGCCCGUCAGGUGUUGCAGAGCACCCUCGCGCCAGAUGCGGCCGAGCGUACUAAUGCCGAACAACAACUCGCCCAUGCCGCGGAGGUCGACUUCGCUGCCUACCUUAUUACCCUCGGUCAAGAACUUGCCAACGAGAGCAGCCCCGCUCAUAUUCGUGUCGCUGCUGGUAUUGCCCUGAAGAACGCUUUCACUUUUCGGGAUCAGGCCAAGUUGCGAGAGGUGCAACUUCGAUGGGCUCAGAGCAUCAACCCUGAGACCAAGACUCAGGUCAAGGAGCUUGCGCUUAAAACCCUGCAGUCCCCCGAUGUCCGUGCCGGAGGUGCUGCCGCUACCCUUAUCGUUUCGAUUGCCUCAAUCGAGCUGCCGCGCAAUGAGUGGCCUGAGUUGAUGGGCGUUCUUGUCCAAAAUGUGGCGAGCGGAAACGACGCCCUCAAGCAGUCCUCCCUGACUGCCAUCGGUUACAUUUGCGAGUCCCAAGAUCCAGAUCUUCGCGCAAGCCUUACACAACACUCUAAUGCUAUUCUCACUGCGGUUGUGCAGGGUGCUCGACGGGAGGAGGAAAACAACGAUGUCCGCUAUGCCGCUAUUGCCGCUCUCAGUGAUGCUGUCGACUUCGUGCGAACCAAUAUGGACAACGAGGGAGAGCGCAACUACAUUAUGCAGGUCGUUUGUGAGGCUACCCAGGCCCAGGAGGUCCGCGUGCAAGCUGGUGCAUUUGGCUGCCUGAACCGAAUCAUGGGUUCGUAUUACGAGAAGAUGCGCUUCUACAUGGAGAAGGCUCUGUUUGGCCUGAGUAUCAUGGGCAUGAAGAGCGAGGAGGAAGAAGUCGCUAAGCUGGCUAUUGAGUUCUGGUGUACUGUCUGCGAGGAGGAGAUUGCCAUCGAGGAUGACAACGCCGAGGCUCAGCAAGAGGGUGUUGAGGCUCGUCCUUUCUUCGGAUUCGCUCGCGUUGCUACUCGUGAGGUUGUCCCCGUUCUGCUGCAAUCUAUGUGCCGACAGGACGAGGAUGCCACCGAUGACGAGUACAACGUAUCCCGCGCUGCCUACCAGGCCAUGCAGCUUUACGCCCAGUGUGUGCAGGGCGAUGUUAUUCAGCCCGUUGUGACAUUCGUUGAAGAAAACAUUCGCAACGAGGACUGGCACCGUCGUGACGCCGCUGUGGCUGCUUUUGGCGCCAUCAUGGAAGGCCCUGAGCCCCGUGUGUUGGAGCCUCUGAUCAAGCAGGCACUGUCUGUACUGCUUGGCAUGAUGGAGGAUAGCUCUAUCUCCGUUCGCGACUCAACUGCUUACGCCCUGGGUCGCGUGUGCGACUGCUGCCCCGAGGUUCUCGAUCCCGAGGUCCACCUCCAGCCUCUCAUUUCUUGCCUAUUCAAUGGCCUUGCCAACUCUCCCAAAAUUGCCAGCUCUUGCUGCUGGGCGCUCAUGAACGUCGCAGAUCGCUUUGCCGGUGAACCUGGCUCGCAGACUAACCCUCUGUCGAAGCACUUUGAGGACAGUGUGAAGUCCCUACUUACAGUCACCGAGCGACAGGAUGCCGAUAACCAGCUGCGUACCGCUGGAUAUGAAGUUCUGAACUCAUUCGUCAUGAACUCUGCUAACGACAGCUUGCCCAUGGUUGCCACCCUCUCAGACGUUAUCAUCCAGCGCCUUGAGCAAACUGUUCCCAUGCAGCAGCAGAUCGUCAGCGCCGAGGACCGUAUGCUUCUCGAGGAAAUGCAGACUAGCUUGAUUAGUGUCAUUCUCGCUAUUGUUCAGCGCUUCGAGGGAGAGAUCAAACCCCAGGCUGACCGCAUCAUGAGCGUGCUCCUCCAGGUUCUGACCACCAUUGGUGCUAAGUCCAGCGUGCCAGAUGUCAUCUUUGCCACCGUCGGUGCCAUUGCUAGCGCUCUCGACGAAGAAUUCAUCAAGUACAUGGAGUCCUUCAGCCCCUUCCUAUACAACGCCCUUGGCAACCAAGAGGAGACCGGUCUCUGCUCCAUGGCCAUCGGCUUGGUUAGUGACAUUGCUCGUGCAUUGAACGAGAAGGUUCAGCCUUACUGCGAUCACUUCAUGAACCUCCUGCUUAAGAUCCUUUCGGCCUCCAGUAACCAGCUUAAGCCGGCGAUUCUUGAGACCUUCGGUGACAUCGCUCAAGCUAUUGGAACCAACUUUGACACUUACUUGGCGAUUGUCGGCCAGGUUCUCCAGCAGGCUUCCAGUGUCACCACCAGCUCUGAUCUCCCAUACGAUAUGGUUGAUUACAUUGUUUCUCUCCGUGAGGGUAUCAUGGAUGCUUGGGGCGGAAUCCUUCUGUCUUACAAGGGCACAUCUUCGAUCACUCAACUCCAGCCAUUCAUUGAGUCUAUCUUCAACCUUCUGCACAUCAUCUCUCAGGAGAGCAACCGCAGCGAAGGCCUUAUGCGCUCUGCUAUGGGUGUUAUUGGUGACCUUGCCGACGCGUUCCCCAAUGGCGAGAUUGCUACGUACUUCACCAACCCUUGGGUUACCGCCCUCGUACGGGAGACCCGGCAAACCAGACAAUAUAGCGAACGCACCAUCGAGACCGCUCGCUGGACCCGUGAGCAGGUCAAGCGCCAAGUCAACCUCGGUGCCGGUAUGUCGUAA